ACUCACCCCCACCACUCAUUUCCGUCGUGCGCACACACCACUGAACGCCCCCCCCAUCUCCCCCAACUUUCCAGGUGGAUGGUGUGAAGAUGCUGCUUCUUGUCCUGUUGACACUCUCGGCGCCUACCCUGUCGCUCUCAUCGGACCCCGACGCUAGGGAGAUCUGCUCCGCUUGCUCCUGCACUCCAGUCGAACACAUCCUCUACAUCUCCUGCGAGAAGAUAUCCGUGUACAGACCCAACCAGCUCAAACCUCCGACCGCCAACCUCUACCACCUCAACCUCCAGAACAACUUGCUAGUCUCCUUGGCUCCCUACUCCUUCGCCAACUUCACCAACGCCAUCUCACUCCAAUUGGGCAACAACAAACUUGAGGAGAUCGAGGCGGGGGCUUUUCGAGGGCUGAGCGGCCUCAAACAGUUGCACCUAAACAACAACGAACUGCAGGUCCUGCGGGCAGAUAUCUUUCAGGGUUUGGAGAACCUGGAGUAUCUCCAGACGGACUACAACCUCAUCAAGUACAUCGAGCGCGGAUCCUUCAACAAGAUGCAUAAACUCAAAGUCCUCAUCCUCAACGACAACCUGAUCUCGACGCUGCCAGACAACAUAUUCCGCUUUGCGUCGCUGACCCACCUGGACCUUCGCGGGAACAAGUUGCAAAACAUCCCUUACAUUGGGGUGCUGGAACACAUCGGCAGGAUAGUGGAGUUUCAGCUGGAGGAUAAUCCAUGGAAUUGUUCCUGCGAUCUGUUUCCUCUCACCUCGUGGUUGGACAACAUGCCUUAUCACCUGUACAUUGGGGAGGCCAUGUGCGAGAUGCCCGCCAACCUGUACGGGAAACUGCUGAAAGAGGUGACCAAGAGGGAUCUCUGCCCGGAGGAUGGGACCGGUAGCUUGGAGCCCACUCCACCACCGCCUCUACAACUGAUUCCCAGGGGAACGCGCCGACCAACCUUGCCCAACAAGUCCCCCAGUGCCACAAACUCUUCCAGGAGGUCGCAAUCUGGGAUCGCCUCGGGCAAGUUCCUGUCGAGCAGCCGCAAUUACAGCCAAAUCGUCUCCUUCCAGCCCAAGGUGCCCCCGUUAGUGCUGUGCCCGGCCAGGUGUGUCUGCCAGAGUCAAACCAUUGACACGGGAAUGAGCGUGAGUUGUCAGGAAAGGGCGAUCGAGAACGUCUCGGCGCUUCUGCCCAAACCUCCCAGCGCCAGGAAGCUCUUCCUCAACGGCAACUACAUCAGGGAUAUCGAAACCUCCGACUUCGGGGCGUAUGAUGGGCUGGAUUUGCUGCAUUUGGGCAACAAUAAGAUAUCUGUCCUUCAAAACGGUGUGUUCAGGAACCUGACCAACUUAAGGAGGUUGUAUCUGAAUGGCAACCAGUUGGCGAAGGUCUCUCAGGAUAUCUUCGCCGGUCUACACAACCUGCAGUACCUGUUCCUGGAGUACAACCUGAUCAAUGAGGUGGCGGCGGGGACCUUCGACUUCCUGUCCAACCUACAGCUCCUGUACCUGAACAACAAUCUACUCAAGAGCUUGCCAGCCUACGCUUUCGCCGGGGUGCCGCUGGCUCGUCUCAAUCUGAGGAACAACCACUUCAUGUACCUGCCGGUGAGCGGGGUACUGGAUCAACUCAGGUCCCUGACUCAGAUCGACCUGGAGGGGAACCCUUGGGAUUGCACCUGCGACCUGGUGGCGCUCAAACUGUGGGUGGAGAAACUCCAACAAGGGACGCUGGUGAGGGAGGUGAAGUGCGAGACGCCGGUCAAGUUCGCAAGCGUGGACUUGAGGACACUGAAGAGUGAAGUUCUCUGUCCUCGGCUGUUGAACAAGCCGUCUGCAAACAGUCCCAGUCCCAACCCACCCGCCGCGUCCAAACCCACCCCCUUUAAUUUGGCCAAGAGUUCUCCCGGUGGCCCAGUGCCCCUCUCGAUCCUCAUCCUCAGCAUUCUUGUCGUGUUGAUCCUCACCGUCUUCGUGGCUUUUUGUCUGCUGGUGUUCGUUCUCCAGCGGCACAAGAAGACCAACUCCAAACAGGAAGGCGGCAACGCGGAAUGCGGGCUAAUGCAGCCGCACUUAAAGCAGGGCAAGGCGGAGACCACCCUCAGCUCAGUGCCCCAGACCAUCGAACAGAUGACCAAGAACUACUCGGGUACUGGCCGCAACCCGGACCAAGGUCUCUCCUUCGGGGAUCCUCACGGCCAGACCAUCUUCCUGAGGAACCUGUCGGAGAAGGAGAGGGAAGCAGCCCGCUCGGAAAACAAGAAGAGGUUGAGUACAAUCGAAGAACUAGAUGAGUUACUGCCGUCCAGGGACUCUCACUUGUUCUACCGGGAUGUAACGGAGGGCAAGCAGGAGCUAAACAAUCUGGGAGUCGGCAACUUUGAACUGCAAUAUCCAGAGAAACAUCACGAGGUGAAAAAACUGAAGAAAUCGCUUUUGGGGAGCACGCAUCCGAAGAUGGUGGUGGAGUUAAGGAAGGGCGAGUAUUACGAACUGAAGGCGAAACUUCAGGGGUCCCCUGACUACCUACAGGUGUUGGAAGAACAAACAGCCCUCAGUCAGAUAUAGGACAGGAUGGUCUACAAUAUGAGGUUUUUUUAAUUAAAAAAAAAGGAAAUAAUAAUUGGAAAAGUGCCUUCUAUUUACUGUACUUUUCAACAUCUGUGAUCUCGACGGGAGAUUGGAACCUCGUCCUAACUUGUCCUGCAGAGAUGUUUUUAUAAGGUGCAGCGUUUCCCACUUUGAAUAAACUGGCAAGCACCAACGAUGCUAUAAGGCGGAACGGUCUACACAAUCGAUGGUAACAGGAUUUUGUUUUAAUGAAUCUGCUUAAGAUUUCAGUCAGUUCUGACGCACCCCCGCCGACGUAAAGUCGGCCAGACACUUUAUUUUAGAACGAGAAUGUUUGUCCUUUUAAUGUUCCUUUUAAUAUUCCCAUCCCCUCCCGCAGAGGACUAUUAUUUUGCUGUUUGUGUACUGGCCUGAAUUAUUCUCAUAAAUAGCCAAUGCUUUAGACAUCAACCUUCCCGGUGCAUGGGGACCUAAGUUGCAUUUAUGUUUCGCCAUGGAGUGGGAAAGGGAGGGUGGGAGAGACUGGAUAUUAGAUGACAUCGACUCACAUAAUGAUAUAAACAGUCCCAGAAAACGUUUUAAAACCCGCCUGGGAGAGGGGGAGUGGGGGGUAGAAUUGGGAUCAGCGGCGUUUGAAGAACAGGUUUCGCUGUUCCUUUGAAAUGAUUUAUAAAUAUAACGACAGCGACGCCUAGUACAGAAUUGUGAUAAAUCUGGUAAA